UCGUCUGCGGAAUCAAAACAAUGGUCGACUGGCAGCGCGGCGUUGCACCUCCCGUGUUUUUAAAUGUGUAACAGCCGACGGGGACCGUCUCUGUGUCUCUGGGGUGGAACGAUGAUUCGCUGAGCGUGUCGUUGCAGAAGGAAACCUGCUCUUCGCUGCCAAAAUGAGCGAUGUGGUGGAGAAGACCCUGACCGCUCUGCCGAGCCUCCUGUCUCUGGACUCUCAGCCUGGAGCUGCAAAACUCUCCUCCACCUCUAAACUGGGGAACCUCAUCAGAGGAAUCACCGAGCUGACGUCCAAACACGAGGAAGAGAAACUUAUUCAGCGAGAACUUGCAUCCAUCAAAGAACAGGUGUCUUCCCCCAACACCUCCAUGAGGCAGAUGAAAGAGCUGAUGGUGAGAGCAAUCUACUGUGAAAGCCUGGGUUAUGAAGCUUCUUUCAGCUAUAUUCACGCCAUCAAACUGGCUCAACAAGGCGCUGGUCUGGAGAAAAGAGUCGGUUACCUGGCCGUGUCCUUGUUUCUGAAUGAAAAUCAUGAGCUGCUUCUUCUUCUUGUGAACACUGUUUUGAAGGAUCUUCAGAGCACAAACCUCAUAGAAGUGUGCAUGGCUCUAACUGUUGUGAGCCAAAUGUUCCCCAAAGAUAUGAUACCGGCAAUCCUUCCUCUGGUGGAGGAGAAACUUAAUCACCCAAAAGAAAUCAUUCGACGAAAAGCAGUCCUGGCACUGUACAAAUUCUACCUAAUAGCACCGAAUCAAGUUCAACACAUCCACAACAAGUUUCGCAAAGCUCUGUGUGACAAGGACCCUGGUGUGAUGACCGCUUCACUACACAUCUACUUACAGAUGAUCCAGGAGAAUCCAGAAGGUUACAAGGACUUAACAGCAAGUUUUGUCACCAUAUUGAAGCAGGUGGUGGGAGGAAAGCUGCCCAUAGAUUUUAACUAUCACAGUGUUCCUGCUCCAUGGCUUCAAAUCCAGCUUCUGAGAAUAUUGUCCUUUCUUGGUAAAAACGACCAGAGCGUGAGUGAGCUCAUGUACGAAGUCCUCGACGAGUCUUUACAAAGAGCAGAGAUGAAUCACAACAUUACCUAUGCAAUAUUAUACGAGUGUGUAAGAUGUAUAUACACAAUUCAUCCCAAAUCUGAACUUUUGGAAAAGGCUGCACAGUGCAUUGGCAACUUUGUUCUGUCACCAAAGAUAAAUCUCAAAUAUCUUGGCUUGAAGGCCCUCACCUACGUGGUGCAGCAGGAUCCUAAACUGGCCCUGCAGCACCAGAUGACCAUCAUUGAGUGUCUUGAUCACCCUGACCUCAUCAUCAAGCGUGAGACACUGGAGUUGCUCUUUCGUAUCACCAACGCCCAGAAUGUCAUGGUCAUUGUGGAGAAGAUGCUGGAGUUUCUGCGCGUCAGUACAGACGACUACACUACUAUUGACCUGGUGGGGAAGGUGGCCGAACUGGCGGAAAAAUAUGCACCAGACAAUGAGUGGUUCAUUGAGACCAUGAACACAGUGUUUUCAGUUGGCGGAGACAUGAUGCAGCCUGACAUCCCAAACAGUUUCCUUAAACUGCUGUCUGAGGGAUUUGACUGUGUGGAGGACGACAGGAAGUUGCGACUGUUUGCUGUGGAUUCGUACAUCUCUCUGCUGCAUGGAGAGCCAGGCAAGCUGCCACAGCGCUUUCUCCAAGUCAUCAGCUGGGUCCUCGGUGAAUACUCUCAUCUGAGGGAGGAACUUGAACCAGCCUCAGUCCUGAGACUGCUGGAAAAGCUGUUGGACAUGAAGCAAACCAGCAGCGAAACCAAGAACUGGGUCCUCAUGGCAAUGACCAAGCUCUGUGUAGGCGGGGCAAGUGUUUCUGUAGCUCAGCAGGUUUCUGAAACGUACAUCAGCUCAAUGGACACAGUGCUGAGACAGAGAGCUCAGGAGCUGCAGCACUUUGGCCAGGACUCUGAAGUACGAACUCGGGUGCUACCUCGAGACACUGACCUGGAGCCUCUGGAGGUGGAUUCCUCUCUGUCAUUCCUGGAUGGGUUUGUGUCGGAGGCGUUGGCUGCUGGCGCUGCUCCAUACAAGCCUCCCCACCAACGGCAGGAGGAACUAGCUCAGGCGAAAGCAUUGAGCCUGGAGCCAUACGGCCUGUCCCUGCCCAUCAGCAUGUCCUCCUGCAGCAUCGCCGACAGACAGUCUCCCACGCCGCUGUCCAUGAGCUCUGGUCUGUCGGGCGACAGCACCGACCUCUCGCACAAAGCAGGCUCUACAACUCUGAAGUUGGACGGAGUGAAGCGGGUGUGGGGGAGGGAGGGCUACCUGGUACAGAGGGAAUCUGUGGAGGAAACUGCCCAGGUGGAGGUACCCAGCCCCCUGCGGUCACCCAGCCAGCAGGCGGAGGCUAACGGCUCACACAGUCAGACUCCAACUCAGACACCAACCCCCGAACCCGAACAAGAAAAACAGCAGCUGGCUGCUUCUCUGUUUUUCGGCCUCAGCUCCCAAAGCUCUGUGUGUCUGAUGGGAAAAUCUGGGCCGACAUCCCAUCGAUUCCGAAGAAAAGCCAAAGGUCAGGGCUCCAUCUCGGGUGCCACUGAGCAGACGUCCAGCUCCCUCGUCUCUUCUCCCAGCACUGUGGAUAACUUGCUGUGUGACAACCUUCUGGACUCCAACAUCCCCUCAGAACUGUCCGUGUCCUCGUCCAAACAGACAUCUGAGCUCUGUCAUGGCCUCACAACUGCUAACGGCGCCUGUGAUAUAGAAACUAAGUUAAAUGACAGUGACAUAAAGGGAAGUGACCCCUCCCUCAGUGAGGAUAGUGGUUUAGUAGCUGCUGAUUCUGAAGAUAUGAAUCCACAUGAAGACCCAGAAAGACCUAAAGACUUGUGUCUCAGUUCUCAUCUGCCCGCAGAGCUGUCUGGACUGUGCCACUCGGAAAUCUCUCCUCUGUGCUCCAUCCAAAGUCUGGAUCUCUCAGCCUGUCAUGUGCAGAAAGACGAUUCCUUAGUGUUAGUCAUUUUCAUUCAAAACUCCUCCGACUCUGCCAUUCGACAGAUACCACUAGAUCUUGACUCUGAUGAACUAGAGGUGUCCCGUGUGUCUGACAGUCCAGUGGAGGAUGUGAGGAGCCACGAUGUAGCAGUUUACCAGUAUUCUCUGACUGUGAAGAGGCCCUCGGUUCAUGUUGAAGUAGUCGGGACCGUGUCGUGCCCUGUCGGGACGCCUCAGACAGUGCGGUUCUCAUACAAACUCCCGCUGACCACAUUCAUCAGACCCUUGACGUUGUCCACAGAGGAGUACGGGACAAUGUGGCUGGCCUUCUCUCACGACACAAAGCAGAAUCUGACUCUGAUCAGUGACGAUCCAGAGCCUCUCACUGCCACUCUGAGUGUCCUGAAGAGGAAACUUCAGCUUCACGUGGUGGAAAUCAUAGGGAUGGAAGGUAUUUUAGCUUGCCGGCUCCUCCGGGAUCGUCCGUGUCUGAUGCACUGCCGUGUGCAUGCGGGUGCGCUGGCUGUGUGGCUGCGCUCUCCGGUCCCCGACCUGCCCGACUGCCUGAUCUACCACUGUCAGAGAGCUCUGCAGGAGGACUGAGCCACUGACGCCACCUAGCAAACCGGACUCCCAGAACCUCAACUACCGAAGAGGGAGGUACACAGAGCUGUAGUGCAGAACAGAAAGGGAGACGGCUGAUGUCGUACGUCACAGUGUUUACCAUUUGUUGAUCUGCUCAACUAUAACUGUUUUAAUUGUCCGUGGAUCAUUUGAUUUUUAAGAGUUGAAUUGGUAGAACAGGAUCACAGCUGUUUGACAGUCAUGGCUGGUAAUGGCCUCGGGGCUCAACAGGUCUGUUGAAACUUGUGUGGGUGUUUUGUGUAUCCGAACCAUACAAAGGUCUUAGAAUAAUGACAGGCAUCCAAAAUGACUUGAUACCUUUAAUGGUCAAAACAUUGUUUAUGAGUGAAAUGAAUACUGAGUAUGACAUUCUUGCUAUAAGGGAAAAAUCAUGAAGUUAUACUGUAUCUGUGCCUUGGGUCUACAGUAAGAGAGAUACCAUGACAGAUAUUAUAUCUAAAUAAGACAAAGACAUAAAGGCUGAACAUUCAUUUAGUACUGUAUCAUUGAGCAUCUUACUGCUGUCAUCGACUAACCGUCUUUUGGUGCUCAUCAACACUGAUUCAAUCAAUACCGGGUAAAGAUGGAAAGAUUAACACCGUUCUUAAAGUUGCAUUUACUGAUGUUAUUUAUUAAGUGUUUUGGAAGAAGCACAGGGAAGAUACUUAUAUCUUUUUAGGAGUACCAAAGUAAUUGUUCAGAAUUUCUUGUAAGGACAAAACAGUAAUCGGAUAAUUUAAAAUACCCUACAGGUCAGUCAAGAAAAUGAAUAUUUACAGUGUUUGUUUUCGAGGAGAACCCGUUUCUGCACCUGAAGUUUCCAAACAGCAAACAGAGGUUUAUGUCCGUGUUUGUCUUAAAGGUGACAUGAUGUAGAUAUUAACCAACUGUAGCAGUUACACUUGAGUCUUACAUCUAUAAUGCAUAUUUUGUCUUAAAUAUAUCACUGAUGAGCUCACUCUGCCAUGUCCAUAUUGUCCAUCUGUCACAGUGGUGAUGUUUUGUUGACGCUGCCUUCUGAUGUGAAACUCAUGUUUCUGGUUUGUCAGUGUUCGUGAGUAGCGGAUUUUAGUGUUUGUUUGUUUUUUUGAUGAUUAUAUUUUUCUAUCAAUGCAGUAUUGAAAACAUAUUUAUUGGAUUUAUAUUCCUACAGAAAAUAUUUUAUAUUAAUUUCACUUAAACAACAACAACAGAAAAUCCUUGUGCUAGAUAUACUGUUUUGAUCGCGCUGUGCCGGAUUGUUUUUGUUUUUAGUUUGAAUGAAAUGUCUCAACUUGUUUUAUUUAAAUUUGCCUGAAGGGAAAUCUUCCCGUCACCUUGUUGUCCCUUUUUUUUCUUCUAAAACACAACGUGACUCUUACCGUGUCUCUCCACUCCACUCAAACCCAGCGCCUUAUGUCCUAAUGCCAUGGUGGUUGAUUUGUGCCUGUGGUACAGAGAGAAGUCAUUGUUUCUUAGAGUGCCUGUCAUACAUACUAACGUCUGAAUAAAUUCAACACGUGUAAAUGAACUUGA